CUGCGAGAAAUCGCGCGCCAACUUUGCAGGCAGCGUCCGGAGCUCGGAUAUGAUUGUUGAACUUGUGCACUUCGUCGAAUCUUCGAAAAGUUAACGCGAACAUUGCUUCUGUGUGUCGCAUUCGUCAGGCGGCUUGCGCAAGUUAAGGCAUGGCUGAAGGGCGGCGGUCGUCAAGGGCCCACAAGACUGUCAACUAUGCAAAACUGGACUAUGGUAGUGAGGAAGACGACGACUUCAAGCCCAGCGAGGCACCACCGUCUAAGCGCCCCAAGCCCGCUGUCAAGGAAGCACCCAAGAAAGCAGAGAAGAAGACCAAGCCUGACAGCGGUGGUGACACAAGCUCUAGUGCUGUCAGCCAGAAGCAGAAGACAGGGCGAGCAUCUCUGGACGACAAGCUGUUCCAGCGAGACCUGGAAGCGGCUCUGCGUCUUUCACAGAAUGGACCAGCUUCAGAUGGCCAGUGCCAGCGGAGUGGUUCUGAAGGCAAGCCUGCAGACAGCAUCAUCGAUCAAAAGGACAUUGCCACAUUUCCUCUCGAGCUAGCUGGUGAGGUGGUUGUGCAGUCUGAGCCGGCAACAGAUAUCGGCAAGCCUUCGGCAUCACCAGCUGCAGAGGUCGAGCAGGAAGAAGACUACCAGCCAGAGCAGGAAGAGAGCUCCGAGGAUGAGGAGGACGAGGAAGAUGCGUCGGACGAAGACUACAGCGGCAGUGACGACGACGAGGAGUUUUCCCCCUCAAAGGCCAAGGCCUCACGGUCUCGCAAAGAACCUGUGGAGAAGAAGCCUCCAGCCACUCUCAAGAAACCAGCAGCUACCGCAAGAGCAGGGGCCAGGAAAACUCCUGCAGCACUGACCGGACCAAAACAGGCAACCACGAAGAGCACCUCCACGACACGUGGCAAGACGCAAGCAUCAAGUGCAUUGACCAGCUCAGCGACAGCGGCACUAUCUGUGGCAAGGACAGCGCCUCGCCUCGCUUCAGCACCAAAGCCCACACCAAGCGUGGCUUCGCGGCCUCUACCGCAGCGGGCUGCUCCCGCGGGCGGCGUGCCCAUGACUGUGCCCAAGUUCUCGAGUGGCCAGUUGCCAGUGUCGGGGAUUCGGCUUGGCUUGUCUCGUCGCUCAGUGAGCAAGCCACUUCACAGUGUCGUCAAAGUUCAGCAGUGAACCUGUGAAGGAUAACUUGCAGCAGCCAUGUAUCGGCAGGAUGUUCUAAGUGACUGUGCUUGGGAUGAUUCCCGAAAUCCCAAAUUACUGGUGGACUGGAAAAUGUUUCUUUAGAUGUGAUGGGUUGUGGACAGUUUUGGAUUCUAUAUUGCAUAUUUUAGGCAGCACAUUUAGGCUUUAGCUUCCAUUUUUAUGAACAGGCCUCAACUCAAAGCUCUUCAUCGAUUCUACUGAGUGUAGCAUAGCAUUGCUUCUCAUCUUUAUCAAGUACUGCACAUCAGUAACAUUCCUCAGUCAUUGUGUUUCUCAAGUAAAUAUUUACUGCAGGAAUUGCCAUCCGGUACGUUUGCAUGGACAGAGAAAGUACUUAGUUACAAUACAUUCAUGUAGGAACUGUCCUGGAUUGACUUUGAGGAGCUAUGACCAGUUCAUUCAGGGGAAGGCACUGCCAUCUGUGAUGUGUAGUACCCAGCAGAGAUGCGUUCGAGAAUAUGGGAACAAAUGUUUUUAGGUUUUACUGACUUGUUUGACAGUGAAUUCCACUGGCCAAUCUGCAAUUCAGUUGUAGGUUCACAGCACUCCUCGCUUCAUGGCCUUAGGAUAAGUACAGCCAAAAAUUCAAGCCCUCUGUGCAUCAUUAUUGCCUCCUCAAGGGAUAACAGCAUCUUGUAUUAAGAGCAUCUGUAGACAUUGGUGCACAGGUUCAUGCCUUUCUAUACGACAGCUACGUUUUCUGUUAAUUCAAUACUUGAUUAGCGUUUCAUACAUUAUGGGUAGGAUAGCAAGGACACUGAAGUUACUGUGACACUUUUACAAUCAUAAAUGGUAUCAUUGGCUCGCCAUAGGCUAUGUACCAUUUCUGGAACUGCAAAGGUUGUUUUCCUCUGGCAGGCAUCGAUUUGUAAAAUACUGGCAUGCUUUUUAGUACUUGUUGGGCGACUGCUCCAGAUGGGCCAGGGGGGAAUUUACUGUAAGACAUCAGAGUUGCUAAUUAUACAAAGACAAAAUACACCAGUGCCAAGCAAACCAUAGGGGAUAUUGUUUGAUGGUUAAAGUUUUGGUUAUGCUGAUGGGAAUGGUACUUGUAAAUUUACGGCUGUUGCACUCCGUUUCACACAUCAGGUGCAA